UCCAUCUCACAACAUUGAAAAAAACAAAAACAAAAACCUCAUCACAACAGCCGCCGUGCAAUGGCCUGACAGAACGCUCUUUCCCAUCUGCUGUGAGCCGGACUGAGGGGCCGAUUGUUGAACUCCUGUAACUCAAAGCAUGCAUGUCAAAGUGGGAAUCUCAGGGCUAUGAGAUUGGAGGUCCCCCUGAGGACAGCCUGAGUUUAGAAUCUCUAACACCAAGUGAGAAACACAUUGAUGAUGUCCAGAUUUUACCAUCACUUGUCCAGGGUUCUUCUGAGGACAAUCUGAAUUUAAUACGCCUACCGCCAAGUGAAAUUGGUGAUUGGGAAAAUGAUGAUAAUGAGGAGGAUGAUGAGGAUGUUGAUAUCAUCCAGAUUUUCCCAUUGCCUGACCAAGGUCCCCCUGAGGACAGCCUGAGUUUAGAAUCUCUAACACCAAGUGAGAAACACAUUGAUGAUGUCCAGAUUUUACCAUCACUUGUCCAGGGUUCUUCUGAGGACAAUCUGAAUUUAAUACGCCUACCGCCAAGUGAAAUUGGUGAUUGGGAAAAUGAUGAUAAUGAUGAGGAUGAUGAGGAUGUUGAUAUCAUCCAGAUUUUCCCAUUGCCUGACCAAGGAUCUUCAUGUUGACAGCUGACUUAACGCUGGAGAGUAUUAGUGAUGAAGAGACUCAUCCAGGGGAAUAGCCCAGCAUCAACUCAGUUCAUGCUUGUCAACCACCUCCAUAUACCACAUCCAGCAAAGCUCCCUGAGUGACUCAGAGUCCUCUGAGUCCUUCCAGCUUGGCCUGAGGAUGGCCUGGUUUUAAGAGGCUCACCACAAUGCAAAGAUGAAGAAGAAAAAGAAGAUGAUGAUGAUAAUAAUGAUGCCCACGGAACAGCUUGGAAAGAAAAUGACUUGACGCUGGAGAGUAUAAGUGACAAGAAGACUCAUCCAGUUAGGGAGCUACGUGCCAGGAAAAACCCAAUGGGAAAAGGUUCCCAGGAGCCUCCAGCUUGGCCUGGGGACUACCUGUAUGCAAGAUACGCACUAGGAGAUGCGUAUGAAGAUGAAGAUGAUGAUGCUGCUGAUUGUGAUGAUGAUGUCCAUGGAACAGCUUGGAGAGAAAACGGGUGAAGCCCUUCUAGGAGCUGACCAGGGUGCUGACUCAAAGGGAAGGCCAGCACGUGCUGCAGGAACAUCUGAGGGAGACUCAAGCUCUGCGGUCAGGCAUUUUGCUUGGCUUGGCGUAAAGAAGUGAUGGAGACUUUCCUGUGAUUCCUAGGCUCCCCUCCUGGACAGCACCAGGAAUGGGCCUUCGAGGUGGCUGGGCUUCAGGCCAGCCUGGCGGCGUGCUUGGGUGACUUGGGAGAAGGUAGCUGUUUGCUGGGAAGAUCUUAAGGAGGAAACCAGAACCUCUCUCUGUCCCAAGCUCUCAUCCCUGGGGGAGCCUGUUAGGACAGAGUUCAUCCUCAGUCAAAAGAAAGUGCAUCUGGUUUCACAUUUUACCUUCCUUCCUGCCACCCAGAAUGGGAGCAGGCAAACCUGCCUGAGGAGAGCCACACCCAGCCACACCCCAUGGGUCAAUCACUGGAGCUUCUGAAACCUGGGUGGUGCCUGGUACAGCUGGGUUCCUUCCUUCCCCCAGCCCAAGUUCCUGCCCCCAGCUUUGUCCCUGGAGGUCUCAAUCCUACUCUCUACAUUCUGAGGGGAACUCUUGGCCCCAGCAGAGAGCAAAACUCCAAGUGCACCUCCCAUACACCCCCCAGCGCUGGGUUCGGCCUGUACCAUCCGGGACCUGGUGCUUCUGGGCCUGGAAUUUUGCCUUUGGCAAGAGAGUGAGAAGAGACGUGACUGCUCCAGGAACGGAAAGUGCCAUUCCGACUUGAAAUAAAGAGACUGAGCGCAUUGA